AUGUGGAGUGCGACGACGACGGCGACGACGACGCUCGAGACGCCCGGGCGCUGGGUCGACGUGCCCGGCGCGAGCAUCCCGGCUUUUCUCGCGCUGCCCAUGACGCUGCUUGUUACAUACUCGGCGACCGUGUACCCGGAUUCAGUGCAGCCGCCCGUCGCCAUCAUCGACAAGAGCCGCCCGCCCGGCGCCGACGACCUCGUCUCGUUCCGCGUCCUUGUCGACGGGGCGCCGAUGCGAGCGUCGGGCGCAUCGUCGGGAUAUUACCAAGGCGCGUCAUCGCUCGUUGGAGGCUACCUCGUCGUUUCGCUCGCCGCCGGCAACCAUACACUCGAGCUGCAAUGGAAGAAGACCGGCACCUUUGUGACCUCAUGGCGCAUCGACCCGACGGUCGACACGGGCUUCUCGGGCGCGUGCUCGCUCAUUGCGGCGGCGCAGCACUCGUACGUGUGGUAUACGCAGCCGCUGUAUUCGAUAGCAAUGGAGCCGACUGCAGCAUAUGUCAGCGUCCCGGGCAUGUCUCUCUCAGUGUCGCUGCCGACGCCGACGCCACUACGCUUUCUCUACAAUCUGCCGCUGCGACCGGAUGCGAUGCCCCUCACCGGCGUCGGGUCGGACAUCGAUCGCGUCGACACGAUCUUGUCGAUCAACAACGUACUGAACGACGCAACGCGCGCUACGUAUUCGACCCAAGCCAAGUUUACCCAACCCAACGCGCUCCUCUCCGAUGUCGCACUCACGCUACCUGCCGGCGAGUACUCGGUGCAGCUGCUUUUGCGCCUCCAGUCACCGUCCGGGCGGUCUUGGCGGUCGCUUCCGACGACCGGCGACGGCUUUCUCAUGGGGCGGCUCCUCGCGGUCAUUGCGCAAGCGCCGACGACGAUCGAAUCCUACCAAGUCGACACGACCGUGCUGUCGGUACCGCGCACAAAGUGGUUCGACGUCGGGUCGGCCGUCCCGUUCAACGUUGUGGGGGCCGUCACGACCGUCCUCCUCACGUACUUGCUUCCAAUCCAGAUGCUCAACAACCCGUAUUUCAACUCGUUCUCGCAGUUUGACGCGGGCGCCGUGAGCGCACGUCUCCUCGUCGACUCGAUUCCGUACACGAGCAGCGCGGCCCGGGUCGCGGGGGCAGCCCGUGGCAACCAGAUUGCGCAGGCGUCGCUGGCGCUGCAGCUGUUUCCGGGUCCGCACACGGUCAAGCUUCAAUGGAUGUACCAAGACGGGCUCGAGCCUGGCGACAUCAUCACGAUCAUGAACGCGAUCACCGAAGGCCACGAAAGCUUCUCGCUUCGCGUGCACAUGGACUCGUGGAUCAACACACCGACGGUGGUGGCCUCGGCACCGGUCCUUUUGGGGCACCAGAACCAAGCACUACGGCUGCCGCCGGACGCGAUCGCGGUUGUCGACCACACCAACACGUCGUUCAACUACCCGAUUGUCGUUUCGUGUAGCGUCGACCAUGGCACGAUUGCUCUGCCUCCCGCGCCGUCGACGGUCACGGUAUCGACGCCCUCGGCAACGACAACGCUGCUCAAGGGUCCGCUGCUGGAUGUGAAUCGCGUGCUCUCGAAUAUAGUGUACACACCGCCGACCAACUGGUUUGGCAAUGCAACGCUUACGAUGGCGGUCCAAGACCAGACCAUGUACUUGAUCGAGCCGACGUUUCCAGCGCCCACGACCGUGGUCGUAGCGAUGCACUACACGCCGGUCGCGCCGACGAUUACGCUGCCGCUGGGCCAAACGGCCAUCGCAGAAGGUGCGACGGGUGCGAUCACUGGGCUGCGCAUCGUCGGUGACGAGGUCUCGUACUCGGUACUCGGGCUUGUACCACAAACCAUUGCGGUCGCCUUGCGUGUCGCCAGCGGUCUCGUCUCGCUUUCUUCGACAAGCAACUUGUCAUUUGCGAGAGGUUCGGGUCGAAAGGACGCCAUGAUGCACUUCACAGGGUCGCUCCAGGAUGUCAACCGCGCACUCGCAGUACUUGUGUACACGCCCGAUGACGACUUCAACUCGCUCCAGCACGCCGAGAGCCUCGACGUUGUCGUUGAAAACGUGGCGUCGGGGCUUCUCGCCACCGCGGCUUGGCCCAUCACUGUCACCGCCGUCAACGAUCGCCCAAGCAUUGACGUGAGCCAGUUGCAGGCUCAACUGCAAGGGUACCUCGUCACGUACGCAGACACGGCAACUCUACUAUACCUUCGUCUCCAAGCCUUCUCGGAAUGGGGCCAACUGCAGCUCGAGGCGGCGCCCGGUGCCACCGUCGUCACAUCGUCGGCACGGGCGUUGCGCGUGUCGGGUACGUCGAUGUCGGUCAGCGCAACGAUGGCGUCCUUGGUCUAUCGUCGGGAUGUGUUCUACUUUGGCUCCGAGAUCAUCUCGGUCGAAGCGAGCACGGACGCCGCGUUUGGCGUGCGACACGUGACCUUUUUGCAGCUAAGCAUGGCCAAUGCGUCGCGCAUCGGUACGUGCGAGUGCAUCCUAUCGCCGGCGCUGACGCUUGCUGAGUAG